AUGACCCUUUUAUUUCAAAAGGAAAAAGCCAACAUUUACAGGGGUUUUUUAAAGUGCUUGGAAAACAAAAAGGACAGAAGUUGCUGGGAAGGAGAAUUUGCUGAUGAAUUUUUCUCUCCUAUUUUGAAGGAUUUAGAGUCAGAAUUGAAGACCCUGGGAAAAGAGCUUGUAGAAGACAAACGAUUAGGAGCCGAUCCUUUACUUAGUCUUCUUUACGAAACUGAAACAGCCAAUGAAGAUAUCUCGGUACACGAACUACAAAAUCAUCCAGCUGUUUGGAGAUAUAGAUCACAGAUAUCUAUGGACCAUUUGUCCAAAACGUUUAUGAUGCAAAUCCCAGCAAAUGAACAUGCUGUACUACGAGCAUUUUUGGAAGAGGAACACAAUGUUCGAGUAAUUCGUCUGAUACCAAGCAUCUUGAAGCUUCAGAAAGUUCUGAUACACAAAUUUGCCAGGAAACUAGACAGAAGUGAGGCGUCUGAUUUAUCGAUGCAAUUUGUGAUUGACUCUUACAGGGAAAACGAUGUUUCCGAAGAAGACGAAGAAGUCAUAGGAGAAACGGAGUCAAAGUGGAUGGAGAUCGAUCAGUUGGUUUCAGAUUUUAUUGAAGCUUGGCGUUGUAUUAGAGGACAGCUAGGAAAAUUUCGCUUUCAGACCUUGAAAGGGAACAGACAAAUUUCAGAGAAAUACUAUGGAAAGGAUUUAGUCAAAGAAGACCCAGUGUCUCUCUUCUUGCCUACUUUUAGAGAGCAUGGACUGUGUUCCUAUGGAUUAUUGUACUUUCUGUUGAAAAAACAAAACUCGUUUUUGGAAGAAUACUGCAGAAAAAAAGAUAUAGAAUUUGGAAAACUUCCGAAGGUCAAAGUCAGAGAAAUAACUCACGCUCAUCUUAUUAGCUAUCACCCAGACCGGGAUCUCCUUCCUUUGGUUAUGGCAAAUUGCCAAUAUACAUUUGAAGUAGGAAAAGGCACGAAAGUGGAAUACAACUUUGCAAAUCUGGAAAGACAGUUAUCCGAUCGGUUUCUGUUUUCAAAAUCCGUUAUUGACCUGCAUCCAAAAGAGUUCGAUCUAAUGACAUAUAGGUCAGAAUCAACAAAUGCCAAUGUUUUCCGAGAACUCAGAAAAAAGAUUAAGCAGGUUCCUUUGAACACUGCCGUGGCCAAACAGAUAUCCACCGAGUUCAGAAGAUACCAGGAUAUCUGUGAUGCUUUGGAUAAAUUGGACAUUGUCAUUAGAUUUUUACAGUCGGUUGGAGGCCAAGGGAACACUAUGCUGGACGAUUUUAUGCGCCACUCACUAAAAAUGGAAACUACCUUUCUAUCCCAGAAUAUGAGAAAGACUUGUCAGUGUAAACAUGUCCAGUCCCUGUGGAUUAUACUGGCAAUGUCAAAAACCAAAAACCAAGCUACGUACAAAAAGGAUGUGUUCGAGGGAGUUUCCGAUACAUACAGACUGGAAUUGACAGGUGCUCAAAAAGAGAUUGUUAACAACAUUUGUGAGGAACUAUCAGUUGAGAGACUCAACACAAUGAUAGAAGUCUUGUAUGAAUGUAUCGUCCUUACCAUUGACAGUGGAAGUGAAAAUGACAUUGAAGAUGGAGAUGGUAUUCCAAUGGCUAAUUACAGUAUCCGGGAUACGUUAAUGGUAUACGUGGAAGACCCAGCCUAUGAUGUCGAUGAUACCUUCCUUCCGGAUUGGAUCAAUGAAACGCUGAACAAACUUCCGGGAGACAAAGAAGAACCCGAUUGUAUUUUUACGUGUCAGUCCAUGGAUCUCUGGAUUUGCCUUUAUGAAAACUAUUCAAAGAGGAAAAUCUGAGCACAUAGACAAAGAAUAUUGUUUGGUGAAAUGAAACUUUAAAUAUGAUGAAUUUAAGUUUUUUGUAUUAAAUGGAACACUUAUUGUAUGAAUUACAUGUAAACAACAUAUUCAUGUUACUGUAAAAAAAUUAUUUAUUCAAAACAAACAAGAAGUAUGAUAAUUGCCUUUUUGCUGAACCUCCCUAUUUAUUACUCAUAUUGCAUUUAACGGAAAGAAAAAUACUAAGUAAUUAAAAAAAUAAAUGUUU